CCCCUCAGUCCUCACUCUCAGCCAGGGAGCUCCAUCUCCUCCGUCUUCUCUGUACACAAACCCAGUUCCGGGAGCCGCUCCGGUCCCUGCGAACACCGGAAAACAGUGUAAGGAGCGAGAGUCUGGCUGGCGAGGAAGCGGAGGAGGUCGGCCACCGGUGUGAACCUGCUGCGACUGGAGCAAGCGAGGAAGGAGUUUUCAGUUUGUGGCCGCACUUUGACGCUCAACUAGUUUGCCCGGCAUCUUUCUGCCGGUCGGAAAAUAACCAGAGUUGGACGUUUUCUUUCUUGUGAGAUGGCAUCGAACGACUCGCGGCUCCAGCAGCAGCCCACGCCGAAGGAUGCGGCCGACCAGAACUUCGACUACAUGUUCAAGCUGCUGAUCAUCGGCAACAGCAGCGUGGGGAAGACCUCGUUUCUCUUCCGCUACGCAGACGACUCCUUCACCUCCGCGUUCGUCAGCACCGUGGGCAUCGACUUCAAGGUCAAGACGGUCUUCCGCAACGACAAGAGGAUCAAGCUGCAGAUCUGGGAUACGGCCGGACAAGAGCGCUACCGGACCAUCACAACGGCCUACUACAGAGGAGCCAUGGGCUUCCUGCUCAUGUACGACAUCAGCAAUCAGGACUCCUUCAACGCGGUGCAGGACUGGGCGACGCAGAUCAAGACGUACUCGUGGGACAAUGCUCAGGUGAUCCUGGUUGGUAACAAGUGUGACCUAGAAGACGACAGGCUCAUACCCACAGAGGACGGCCAGCGCCUGGCGGAGGACCUAGGUUUCCAGUUCUUCGAGGCCAGCGCCAAGGACAACAUCAACGUCAAGCAGGUGUUCGAGCGCCUGGUGGACGUCAUCUGCGAGAAGAUGAACGAGACCAUAGAAGGAGAGAAUAACCUCAUACCCAACCACAGGAACCAGGGCUUUAAAGACUCGCAACCAGAGAGCAACGGGAGCUGUGCUUGCUAAACCACCCGCCUUCUUCCCAAGUCUCCCAACACACACACACACACACACACACACAAUCUGAAGAACAACUUCCUCUCUGUGCCUCAGCCAUUUAAAGUGCCGCAACCUCUUCCUCUCUUGUCACUCAGCAACCAUCGCACAGCCACCUGAGUUCCUCUUCCUCACACCGCUCCGUCUUUUCUCGUUAAGAGGUCCUCUCUGUCUCUUCUUCAUCACCAUUUCUCCUGAGCGCCGACAAUCCACUAAAACCUGCCCGAGUUCCCGUCCACACAUCAGCAACAAGCUAAUCAUGCUACAUAUGUUGGGAUCGCAAAUAAACGCCGGUUCUUUUUUUUUUCAUUCGUUGUUGUGUUUGAGAUUCAUACAGCGCCCUCGAAGUACCCAGAACUUUUUAGCCCUGGGAACUUUCUCCUAAAGUUCCUUCAGAUUAUUGGUGGCAUUUCCAGGGCGAUAUGAAAAAAAAACAACAAACAAGUACACUUGCACUUUGUUUUUCCAUGGAAGUCUACAGCUACAUUCCUGUCCAGUAGGUGGUAGUGAUAUAUAUAUAUAUAUAUAUACACAUAUACACACACACACACACUAAUAACGAUAAUUCCAAGUGAGACGACAGUCGUGUGAUUUAUUGCUUUAAAUCAAAUGCUCGUUCCUUCAAAUCCAACACACAAUAUUCCUGCAGUUCGGAGAAGUUUCUUGGGGGUAAAAUAAUUUCCUAAAGAACUUGAUUUCAAGCCUGAUUCAAGUGCCUCCAAAGUUCCUGGUGGUGGAAACACGGCUUUAGUUACAAACAUUUUCUUUAUAUAUGACAUUAUACGCAUCAUAGCUGCAAACGUACGUGACUGGCUCAAGGAGAGAAUGAAUCAUUUCUUUUUAUGAGUUCGCUCAAGGACACGUUUGGGAGAAACAAGUAUUUGCUUUCCUGUUGAGAGCUAAAUAAGACGAUACAGCGCGUGUGAGGUAAAGCUAGCUUAGCUUAGCAUCGAGACUUAAACGGAGAAAGGAGCAUUUUGUUUUUGGGUGCUUUCUCUCGUUUCCAGCCGCUGUUUAAAAUCUUCGUGUUUGGUACCAUCCUCUAACUCCUUUGUUCCUCUCUUUCUUUUAACGCCUCCUGUCGCAUGCUUUCACCACAGCAUCGACACACGCACACAGCUCUCCUGGCUGCAGCAUGGCAGACCUACUAUGCUUAAUACCCAAGUAUUUAAAAAAGUGCUAAAUGGUCUUUUUGUUGUUGUUGUUGUUGUUGUUGUUCGUAACGGACAUGAGGUGUGUGUGUGUGUGUCGAAAGGGAUUAACACUGAUCUCGGAGAAUAAGUCGAGGCCUCAGCUGUACGACCACCAGGGGACGGUCACUUUUUAUUCCUCACGACUGUAACGUUUGUCCUUUUUUUCCUCCUCGGUGAGGUGAAUAAAAUUAGGUUUUAUAUUCCGUCCACGUGCUUGUACAUUAAAUUUAUUUUGACAGUAUUGAACCAUCAACCCGCCCCUAAUGACAACUUUUUUUUUUUAAAUUCAUUCUCACUUGCAGUGACCAUCUUUGUCCAUGUGCUGACUGUCAGUUAUUACCAACUGCAGCCUCAUGUUGGGUCACAACCAGUGGUCAGCCCACCCCACCCCCCUGGCUAUUGUACAAGCCCGUGGUCAAUUAUCUCUCCUGUCAGCGUGCGCUGCUCAGUAGCGAUACACUUUCACUGAUAUCAGAUAACUGAUGCUAUCGCCCGUGCAGCACUGGGCUUUGAUGCGGGGGUCUAACACAAGGAGGUUGUGUGUAGGGACCUAUAACACUACUUGCAUGACAUCACCCGUUAAGCUUUAUUGUGUAUUCAAAUGGAACGCAGGGGCAGCUGAGAGGAGCCGACGUCCAUUAUUUCUGAGGAGCAAACCACUUUGUCAAGUAUGUGCCAUGUUGAAAAACCCAUAAAACAGUUUGUUUUUUCUUUUGUCUUCAUGCUUUCGUCCUUGUUUCGUGAUCAGAUUCACUUUGUUCAUUUUUUAGGCUCCGAAUGUGUUGGAUGGAAGCAGGUGUGUCUUAACAAAAAAAAAAAAAAAAACUUUCACUGUCUUGAAAUGUGUAUAUGAAAAUAAAGAGUGAAUUCCUUAGACGAAA